CGUUUGAGGCGAUCGCCUUCCUUCGCUUUCGCACUUGGCCGAAGUGAUCUGAGUCUCACAGGGGAGACUGGAGUUAAUCACGUUAGCUCAAAUAUCACGGAACUUUUUUUUUUGCGCCAGACAAGACGUUCUGGGACUUGUGGUUUUUGCUUCUGAAAACGGACUCCGAGCCUGACAGCCGACGGAAGUGAGGCUGCGGGGGAAUGGCCGCGGCGGCGACCAUGGCGGCGGCUGCCCGCGAGCUGGUGUUGCGGGCCGGGGCCUCAGAUAUGGAGGAGGAGGAGGGCCCGCUGGGGGGUGCUUCCGGACUCCAAGAGCCCCUGCAGCUUGGGGAGCUGGAUAUCACCUCUGAUGAAUUCAUCCUGGAUGAAGUGGAUGUUCACAUCCAAGCAAAUCUGGAGGAUGAGUUAGUGAAGGAAGCUCUCAAGACGGGUGUGGAUCUGCGACACUAUUCGAAGCAGGUGGAGCUGGAGCUGCAGCAGAUUGAGCAAAAGUCCAUCCGGGACUAUAUCCAAGAGAGUGAAAACAUCGCGUCUCUGCACAAUCAGAUCACAGCCUGCGACGCUGUCCUGGAGCGCAUGGAGCAGAUGCUGGGAGCUUUCCAGAGCGACCUCAGCUCCAUCAGCUCCGAGAUCCGGACCCUGCAGGAGCAGUCAGGAGCCAUGAACAUCCGACUUCGUAACCGACAAGCAGUGCGGGGGAAACUUGGGGAACUUGUAGAUGGGCUAGUGGUGCCCUCUGCUCUGGUCACAGCAAUUCUGGAAGCUCCAGUGACAGAGCCCAGGUUCCUGGAGCAGCUGCAGGAGCUGGACGCCAAGGCAGCUGCAGUCAGAGAGCAGGAGGCAAGAGGCACAGCUGCCUGCGCAGACGUCAGGGGCGUGCUAGACCGGCUGCGGGUCAAGGCGGUGACAAAGAUCCGCGAGUUCAUCCUCCAGAAGAUCUAUUCCUUCCGCAAGCCGAUGACCAACUAUCAGAUCCCCCAGACAGCCCUGCUGAAGUACAGGUUCUUCUACCAGUUCCUGUUGGGCAACGAGCGAGCAACAGCCAAGGAGAUCAGGGAUGAGUAUGUGGAGACACUGAGCAAGAUCUACCUGUCUUACUUCCGCUCCUACCUGGGGCGGCUCAUGAAAGUGCAGUACGAGGAGGUUGCUGAGAAGGAUGAUCUAAUGGGUGUGGAAGACACAGCAAAGAAAGGAUUCUUCUCGAAGCCGUCCCUCCGAAGCAGGAACACCAUCUUCACCCUGGGCACCCGGGGUUCUGUCAUCUCCCCCACUGAACUUGAGGCCCCCAUCCUGGUGCCCCAUACUGCUCAGCGUGGAGAGCAGAGGUAUCUAUUCGAAGCUCUCUUCCGCAGCCAGCACUACGCCCUCCUCGACAAUUCUUGCUGUGAAUAUCUUUUCAUCUGUGAAUUUUUUGUUGUAUCUGGCCCAGCUGCACAUGACCUAUUCCACGCUGUCAUGGGCCGCACACUCGCCAUGACCCUGAAACACCUGGAGUCCUACCUGGCCGACUGCUACGACGCCAUUGCUGUUUUUCUCUGCAUACACAUUGUUCUCCGAUUCCGCAACAUUGCAGCCAAGAGGGACGUGCCUGCUCUGGACAGGUACUGGGAGCAGGUGCUUGCCUUGCUGUGGCCUCGGUUUGAGCUGAUCCUGGAGAUGAAUGUCCAGAGCGUCCGCAGCACUGACCCCCAGCGCCUUGGGGGGCUGGACACUCGGCCCCACUAUAUCACACGCCGCUAUGCUGAGUUCUCCUCCGCGCUGGUCAGCAUCAACCAGACCAUCCCCAAUGAACGCACCCUGCAGCUGCUGGGACAGCUACAGGUGGAGGUGGAGAAUUUUGUCCUCCGAGUGGCUGCGGAGUUCUCCUCCAGGAAGGAGCAGCUUGUGUUUCUGAUCAACAACUACGACAUGAUGCUGGGUGUGCUGAUGGAGCGGGCUGCUGACGACAGCAAAGAGGUGGAGAGUUUCCAGCAGCUGCUCAAUGCUCGGACACAGGAGUUCAUUGAGGAGUUGCUGUCUCCUCCCUUUGGGGGUCUGGUGGCGUUUGUGAAGGAGGCUGAGGCUUUGAUUGAGCGUGGACAGGCUGAGCGCCUUCGAGGGGAAGAAGCCCGAGUCACUCAGCUGAUCCGUGGCUUUGGUGGCUCCUGGAAGGCGUCGGUGGAGUCUCUGAGUCAGGAUGUCAUGCGGAGUUUCACCAACUUUAGAAAUGGAACCAGCAUCAUCCAGGGGGCGCUGACCCAGCUGAUCCAGCUCUACCAUCGCUUCCACCGGGUGCUGGCGCAGCCGCAGCUCCGGGCGCUGCCAGCCAGGGCCGAGCUCAUCAAUAUUCAUCACCUCAUGGUGGAGCUCAAGAAACACAAGCCCAACUUCUGACUCGGUCCCCGGGCUGCCGGCUCCCAUGGACUCUGCACCGCACACAGUGUCACCUGGGUCCCCUUUCCCCCUCCUGUUGUCUCUGAGGCUUCCACACUCCUCCCCCAGCCUCCAUUGAGUACUCUGCCUCAAGAGAGUGUGCCCAAGCCACUUCUUCCUGGACUUCCUGGACCUUUACCAUUUCCCAUCCCUGUCACCUCCGCCCCUGAUGGGUCGCACCUGUGAAAGCUUCCACUGCUUCUGCGAUUGCGGCUCAGCUCUUAGGACAGAGCUGUGGAGGCUGCCUCUGCUCCCCUGUAACUUGGUGGACCCGUGGUCUCCUCUUGAACACUAACCCAUCACCUCCUGGCUGGGGCUCAGUCUUUCUGUCUGUUGUCUGUCUGUCUAUAGGCGGUAAUAAGUACUAAUGUGCCGACAGCUUCCUCUCCUUCGUCCUGGGCCUUCGAGCUCUCCAGCAUUUCCUCACUGUAGGCCUAUCCGGGUCCCAGGCUGGUGGGCAUCCAGGAAGAAGGAAGGAUGGUGACCUAUGACCUGUCCCUGCUUCUGACCCCAGGGGCCGUGGGUUGCUUAGGAGCAGACUGCUUUGUAGCCCUCCAGGAUGGUGGCACAUGCCACAAGGCCUGGGAACAUGGACAGCUGUGGGCACUGUCCUGAGGGCUAGCAUGGGAAAAGUUUAUGACCACCUGCUCCACCCCUCCCCCCAGGUGUCAGUCUUGGGGAUCCCUGUGUUCUGGUCUCACCUUCUAGCCCUGGCUGUCCUGGACUUCCUAUGUAGAUCAGGAACUCAGAGAUCCUCCCACCUCUGCCUCCUGAGGGCUGAGAUUAAAGGUGCUCCCAAAGAAUCCGUUAUCUUUGGAUGGACACCUUGCUCAGCCUAGAUAUAGUGGGGAAGGCUGGGUCUUGUGUCAAAGCAGUGUGCUAUGCUUUGGGAAGCCUUACUCUCUCUGAGGAGUGGAUGGGGGGCCUGGGGUGGGGGAGAAGGGGAGGGAACAGGAGGAGAGGAAACUGGGGUUGGUAUAUAAAAUGAGAAAGGAUUGUUUUUAAAAAAAUAAAUUAGUUAAUUUAAAAAAAAAAAAAGGUGUUCCAAAAGAAACCGGGAACCCUUUCUUUGGGUUACAUCUAAGCUAGUGGGGUUGAGGUGUGGUUCAGGUAUGACGUGCUCAACAUGCAGGCUUGAAUCCCUGGCAACAUCAACAACGAAAGAGAAAGAAAGUAACACUAUGAUGUGAGGGGCUUGAAAAGUUUCUGCACCUCAUAAACCACUCCGCCCGGCACAAUAAUCCGAGUCAGACCAAAUCAAACCAAACUAGAAACAGCCCAGGUUAUUGGACACCAGUGCUUCCGGAUGGCGCUCCAGUCCCCCAGAGAGGAGACAGGGAAGAAAGACCAGAAAAUUAUGUUUCUUUGUGUGUGUGUGUCGGGGGGGGGGGAGUUUAAAUUCCCUUUGAGAGUGGCCUUGAGUAUCCGGGUAGGAGUCAUCUUUUGAGGGGCUUUCUUGUGGGCAGAGUCUGGACCGAGGCAACUCCCAGGGAGGGGUCUUGGGAUGGAACUUCCACCCCAACAUUCCAGACUCUGGAUAUAUGGAUGCCAGGGGCUGGGGUGUGGCUUCCAUCCAGACAGGGCUAUGCAGGAGACAGCCGGUUCUUCAGUGUGGCCCCAACAGCCUUUGAGGUUCGUGAACCAUGUCAGCAGUUGGGUGACUCUGAAGCCUGCAGUCUGAUGGGACAUUCAAAGUUGCUCUGUCGGUCCUGGGACCUCCGGAAGCCGCGAUGCCGCUAGCCGCCGCCAAGGGGCAGCAGGACCCAGGAGUAGGAACUGGUCUGGGUCCUGGCUCACCAAACUGCUGUGGGUUUUGAAUGCUGGGUAAGGCAGGGAGUCAUGACCUAUGCCCGCUUCAUCCUGAAGCAGCAAAGCAUUUUUCCUUUAGCCCCAAAUCCUGUUUUGUGAUUUGCAAGGCUUCGUGGUUCUGACAGGCCAGAAAAGGGUGCUGGAUCCCCAGGACUGGAGUUAUGGUUGGUUAUAAGCCUCCCCAUAGGUCUCCUAUAAGGGAGCUCUUAACUGUGGAUCCAGAAGGUCAUCUGGGUGGUGAUUUCUCUGCCUCUCUGAGCUAGCAGGCUUUUAUUCCAGCAUCUGGCUUAUGAGUCUUUAUUGGUAAAAUUGAACAAUUGAAAUUUUAUUAAAAAUGUUUGGCACUCCAACCUGUGGUGUGAGCACAUAGAAAGAGAAAUCAUGCCAGCUGCAGACAAACUGAGAAGCCAUCAGGUUUGCUAAGACACCUGGGAAAUCCUCAAGGAGAGAGCUAAGUAAUAUUAAAAGGAAAAAUCUUUAUAAGGCUUGUAUCUAAUCCACUUUUUAUAUUUGGCACAGUUAUCAAAACUUCAUAUUUAGCACUAAAAAUCUACUAUGGGUA